AACGAGACAUUCAAGAGCUAAGGUUUGGUGUUUUUGAGCCUAAUAAAUCUCGUGUCAUUCGUUGUAUACUUGUUUGACAGCUAUGUUCUGCUUUUAUCAGUACUUAUGGAAAAUUUAAUAGUACUUCAGCAGUCUUAAGCCUAUAAACAAUUGUUUUAGUCAUUGAUAUAAGAUAUAAGACGAAGUUAAACUAUAGGAGAUACAGCGAGGUGUAGUUUUUUGCGAUCAACAAUGAAUAUGCUGCUACUUAUACACAAGUAUAUAUCUAAGGUCUGCUUACAGUAAGUGUGCAUUUUUUAGGUAGUUGAUAACAUCUAAGUGUACACACUCACUUUGAAGUUUAAGGAUUGCUCACACGAAAUGGCAGGUUUUCGAGGAUGAAAUGGAGAUGAGAGAUUAUGGAUUAUUGUAAACCCAGAUGAAGAGGACAGUACCAAAUAGAACAAAGUGGAGAUAUGUUGUUGAAUCCCUAUAUUCCACUGUGAACUCAAGGGAAUAAUAAUAAAUAAUACACGAAGUGGGGAUUCCUACUGAAAACCUGGGAUGUGCAACUUUCAAAUGCGUCACCUAGUUAACUAUAUAAAUGACGUCAAGAAAUCAAGCAAGAAUGCAACAUGGCAAAUAUUCCAGGGUGAAAUAAGUAAUUCGAAACCGCACAAAUAAAUCAGUAGUGCCCUCUAAUAAAUCUGUCACUAUCAUAUUAAGUAACUGGAGGUCAUUUCGACACAUUAACUAAACUUUCCCUCUUACUAAGAAUUUUGUUCGCUUAGUGGAACAGAAGUAUUAUAAAUAAUAGGAAUCUUUAAAAUGUCCAAGAAGUUCAUAAGAUUCUGAACAGUCUGACGCACUCAUUUAAUACUCUAUUUUUGAAUAUCAAUCAGGCCUUAUGGAGGACUGCUUUCAGUUUAAUUUCAUCUUGUGGUGACCCUUGGGAAAAAUUCCAUCUACAAGAACUUCAGGAAGAAAUAGCAAAACGUUAUCGUUAUAGUGCUAUCCAGGGCAAAUGGAUAGAAGACAUUGUACAUGUUAAAAUUGAGAAUUCUCCAUUCAAUCGUGGUGCUAUGAGAGAAUGUUUUCGUGUAAAAAAGUUGUCUAACUUUUCACAUAGUUCUGAUUGGUCACAUGCUUCAAAUCAUGUUGCUAAACAAUACAUUGAAAAAGUUGAUCGUCAUGUGUAUUUUGAUGAUGUACGCUUACAAAUGGAUGCUAAACUUUGGGGUGAAGAAUACAGUCGUCAGUUAGCAGUGCCUAAAAAGGUUGAUAUUUCACAAAUGUGUGUAUUGGAAUUUAUCAAUCGACCAGACAAACCUUUAUACCAUUUGGAACAUUUCAUAGAGGGAACGUAUCGAAAGUAUAAUUCUAAUUCAGGUUUUGUGGAUGAUUUAGCCAGAAACACUCCACAGGCUUUCAGUCAUUUCACAUUUGAACGAAGCGGUCAUCGUUUAAUAGUUGUCGAUAUACAAGGUGUUGGUAAUCUUUGGACAGAUCCACAAAUACAUACAUUCGAUGGUAAAUCCUAUGGAGAUGGAAAUUUAGGCAUACGUGGAAUGGCUUUAUUUUUUCAUACACAUCGAUGCAAUCCGUUAUGUGUAGCAUUGGCGUUAAGUCCAUUUGAUUUACCAGAUAAUGAAAAAUAUUCAAAACCAUUUAGUCAAACAGUGACGGAGGCAGAUAAUCAAAAUGACGAGAAUACACAAAGUUGUAAUGAUGAUUGUGUUAGUGAGGAGGUGGUGUUCAGUGGAACAGUAGCUAUUCCAGCUUCUCGUCGAAAUGACUAUUCUUUUCGUCGACUAGUUUCAGAAAAUUUAGACUCAUCUGAUCUACAAAAUAAAAACAAUCAUAUGACGAGUGGGCUGGCAAACAAUGAUUUUGUGAAUCCAGCCGAUUUUAUGGAGUCGCACAGUUUACCAUCAUCGAAGUUACCCUUUCUGCCUACUAAUUCUCCAAUAGUAAAUCGUUGUGGUAUUCUACAAAGAAGUAAUAUUUCAAAUGGUGGUAUCACUACUACUGCUACGAGUAAUUCGACAGCUAGUGGGAAAUGUAGUGCUAAAUAUAAUGGCAGUGAUAAUGGCUAUUUAAAUGGCAAUUCUACAGAUGAUUUAAUAUUUGGUCCAUUGUCUAUUCAUGAUGUUUCAUAUGAUUCAGGCAUUAGUUUUGAUACUGCUCCAUUCUCUGCGAAUGCAUUUAAAGCACAAAACUCCAUUAAUGAUUUCUGUCAUGAACAACAAUCCAGUUCAGAUUUGGAUCAGUCAAAUUCACAAUUGAGUUUCAUUGAUAGUGAAGGCAAACGUAGUAAGGAAGCUGAACUGAUUGAAUUCUUCCGAGCGCAUCAAGCAGGCCAUCGAAGUAGUUCUGUUGCAGCUCUUCGCGGUGCUGACACUGUAAUUUUAGGCCUAAUACAUCAUGAAUUGGCUCGUCUACACGCCUCUGGUCGUCUAGCUUUAAUGCAUCAAUCAGGUUAUUAUCAUCGGAAAGGUAGUAAUUUAAAGGGGAAUAAAUUAUCUACAAAUAUUGAAGAUAUUGACAGUAGUCAACUGAAUGAAUUACAUCCACCUGAAAAUGUUAAUUGGGAGGCUGUUUUAUUUCAUGAAGAACAAGCUGCUACACUUGGUUGUCUGGAUGCUAUUCAAUGUUUAUCACAGUACUACUUAAAUCUGAUGAUUGAUGGACCAUUAUCUGAAUGUCCAAUCAAACCUGAUCCAUCUGACUCUCAUACUCGUGGUUUAGCUUUAAUUAGUACAGCUGCCUCAGCUGGAGAUCGUAUGGCUAUGAUCUACUUAGCUGAAGCUAAUUAUAACGGAGAUGUAUAUAAUCCAGAAGUUACAAACAAGAAACCUGAUUGGUUGGCUGCUGCACAUUGGUAUGAAAUGGCAGUGAAAACUGUCAACACUCCAUCAGAUGAAAGUGAUGAAGAAACUGAAUCCAAUGAAGGUUAUCCACCAUUGGUGGUUAGAAAUAAUCGAGCUGGUUUUCAUUCCUUAUCCGAAUGGCCAAUUUAUCGCUUACAAGGACGUCUCGCUGAAAUGUAUGCUAAAGGUGGUCAUGGUUUGAAAAGAGACAGAAUGAAAGCAUACGAACUUUAUGAGUCAGCAGCAGAAGGAGCUACAGAGGCAUUACAAGGACGUAUAGCAAUGAAGUAUUAUGAACAAGCAGCCCUGUUAGAAGAAUACGCUGGAGGUGAUGAUGAAAGUUGAGUGUUUAUUCUAACAUCUACCGCCUCUCCCCACCCCACCCACCCCCCCGACCUACCCACAUACACACACCCGUGCUUGCGCCGAAACACCUCCGGUGGUGCCUUCAAAAUAAAUAUAUAUAUAUCACUUGUUACACACUACUGCUCAUGAAUUAUUGCCUUGUAUUUGUGUUUCAUGCAUUCAUCCAAGAAAUAUCUCUCAUAGACUUUCAACUUGCCAUGUAAUUUAUACUUAGUAAGAAAUCUAUUUUAGCUAUUCCCCUUGUCCAUCUUUUCAUCAUUAUAGUAAUAGUAAUAAAAAUAAUAGUGAUCCCCCUGCCUCUGUCUAAAACGACGCAAUACUUAUUGUUUUGUUAAUAACAUGAACAAAAAGCUGUAGACACACGUCAUCCAGUGCUUUAUUCAGAGUAAACAGUCUCCAUGUUUUUAUUUUUUGAUUUUGCUUCUCACAUAAGAUUGCACCGAAUUCCUGUUCCCUUCAUCUGAUUCAACAUUUUUAUGUUGCUUUGCCCAUGAUCAUAUGCUGUGCUAUGCGUUUUAUUAACUGUAAAUUUGUAAAUUCUUGUUUCUGCUAUAGCUCAGAAUUAGCAAAAGUGUAUAAUGAAUUCAUUAAUGUUAAUGAUUUGUUUAUCUCAGAUAUCAAUUGAUUUGAUUCUGGAUACUGAGUGUUCUUCAAUUUUCAAUGUGAAACAUGAGGGGUAGAUGUAGUAUAUAUAUAUAUAUUAAUAUGGUGGCUUAUAAUUUUAAUUAAGCCAUUUAAGAAGGGCAUUAUAAGAAAUAUAUGGAGUUUUGGCUCAUUGAUUUGUUUUAGGCUGUUGAUUUCCAACCAAUGCGACGUGGGCUCGAACCCUAUUACUAAUUGAUCUGUCUGUCGUAUUGGCUCACACUGUGGCUGAGUUAUUACUGCUUAUAGUGAGACUAUAUUAUUCGCGUAAGGUUUUAUACUGAAACUGAUAUUUGGAAUACAAAACAACUGAGUAGGUCAUCAAUGCACUAGUUGUGAACAUGCAAAGGCUUUAAUGCAGAUCUUUUGAAAGAAAUCUUCAUCCCAAAUGGAUACCCACCAAGAAUUUGAAGAAAUGGAACUUUAGUUACACUGAAAAAGAAACUCUACCUGAACUUGGAUUUCAAGGGGGAUUCAGCAAGCGAUAUUCUCAAGAGAAGGAUCACAUCAUCUCUGAGAAAAAUAUUCUUUGCAGCAAGGCUAAGAAUAGUACUCCCCAGUCGCUUACUGAUGUGCAGAAGUCUUCAGCACAAGAUCCUAAAUCUGGCCAUUUCUAUGUGCAUAUGUAAGUUCCUGAUACACCGGUUGUUUGUCACGUAUUCUGUCCGAAAGGAUUCAAGAAUACUGUCCAGCAUGGUUGUGAAAAGGUAAUAGUGGUGCUAUAAGGAGGAGUGCGAUAAUUGACGCUAAUCAUUCCAUCUCAACAAACGCUUCCUUCAAAGUAAUCUACAUAGUCAAGAAUAACCUAACAAAGGUAAUACGGUUCCGUCUUCUUUUGUAUUACUGAAGCUCUGGUCAUUCACACAGAAAAACUAGAACUGUGCAUGCAAAAGAAGAUUACUCAACUACUUCUACUAUUAUGGUAUUAACUUUUUUGAUUUUUGAUGACUUAAUUUUGUUUGU